GUUUACCAAAAAAGAUGGACCUCUCUCUCUCUCUCUCUCUCUCUCUCUCAAGUCCCCAUAAAUAGAGAACGCAUCACAUGCAUCUUCAGGCACCCACACCGAAUUUCUCCCAUCAGCAGCAGACCCGUCGGAGCUUGUCCCUCAGAAUUCAGAAUAUUGCAGUAGGGCAUAACUCUGAUCGAUCAACCCCCACUGAAACUCUCGAAUGGCAGCCAAAGUUCUCUUGUUGGCAGCACUACUCUUCUGUUUGACAUUUUCUCAUGCCUCGGCCUUUGAUCAUGGACCCCUUCAAGAUUUCUGCGUGGCAAACCCCACUAGCCCAGUGCUAGUAAAUGGGUUCACAUGUAAGGAUCCUAAGUCGGUUCAACCAGAGGAUUUCUUCCUCAGUGGCCUCCACUUGUCAGCAAACACCUCAAACCGUCUCGGCUCCGCGGUGACUCCGGUUGCAGUAGCUCAGUUGCCAGGCCUAAACACCCUCGGCAUCUCCAUGGUUCGCGUAGACUUCGCUCCCUCGGGCCUCAACCCUCCCCACACGCACCCCAGGGCUAGCGAGAUCCUGACCGUCCUCGAAGGCAGCCUCCUCGUCGGAUUCGUGACUUCCAUUCCGCAAAGCCGCCUCAUCUCGAAGGUGCUUCACAAGGGCGAUGUGUUCGUGUUCCCGGUCGGGCUUAUUCACUUCCAGCGCAAUGUCGGGUCUGGCAAUGCCGUCGCCAUUGCAGCUCUCAAUAGCCAGAACCCCGGAGUGAUCGUCAUUGCUAAUGCCCUGUUUGGCUCCAAACCGGGCAUCGCCUGUGAUCUUCUUGCGCAGGCUUUGCAAGUUAAUAUUAGUGUCGUUUCUCAAAUCAAGGAGAAGUUCUAAUAAUGAGUUUAUUUCAAUUAACGGAGAAACCAUGCAUAUUAAUUAAGUCUUCGAACUAGAUUAGUGAACUAAAGCAUCUGUCAUCAAUCAAUGUCUUCAUGGCCAUUUGAAUGAUAAUGUUGCGUUGAUUUUUCUU